AUGGCUGUCGGCGCCGGCGGAACCGGCGGGGUUCCUGGGCAAAUCCCUUCGCCGCUACCUUCUCCUCCCAUGUUCCAGCCUACGCCUGCUCCUCUCCCCGUGCCUAUUGCGGGGAUGGAAGCCGUUUCCGGACCCGGGCCUCUGCGUCAUCCGAGACCUUUGACGGCUGCGGAGCUGCAUCAGCAGUUGGAGCGUGAACAAGAGGCAGUUGUCAACCGUCUUACACGCGAACUCGCCCUCCUCCGCGCCGCCCAAAACGCCUCCGUCGUCUCCAAUGCCUCCUCCACCUCUGCCAGCGCCACCGGUGCCGAGAAUCCCAACCACAGCACCUCCGACACCCAUCUCCUAUCAGGCGCCGGCUACACCUUCCCCACGCCCCGCCACCACCGCACCUCGUCCAAUACCAGCGCCCUUAGCCAGGGCGGCGCUGCCCUCCUCAGCACCGCGUCCCACCGGAGCCGGACGAGCUCGCCCGGACCUUCCGCCUCGGCGCACGGCGUCGGGGCCGACAGCUCGCUCCACUAUCUGCAGCAGCAGCGCGUGCCUCACGCCUCCGUGUCCGGUAGCUCCGUGGUCGCGACGCCGGGCAGCGUGGGCGGUGGCGCGGCGGGCGGUGGCGCCAGCUUCGGGGAACCGUACUCGCCCGGCCUACUACCCGCCACCGCGCGGUACGAGGAGACGGCGUUUUACCGGUCGGAGCUGGAGGUGGCCAAGAAGGAGAACGACGCCCUGCGCAGGCGCGUGAGGGAGCUCGAGCGCAUGGGCGGGAGGCCGACGGAGAGGGAUAGGGGUGUGAGUAUCACUGGUAGUGUUGGGGUGGGUGUGCCCGAGGACGAGGUCAAGGUCGGAGAGAGCGCCGCGAGCGCGGGGCUUCACCGUAUGCGCUCGCUUGAAAAGGAGAAAACUGGCGAGUCCUCUCUCAAUGAUAUUGAACUUCUCAACUCUGAACUUCUUAUUUACAGACGCUCGUAA